GGCAGAGCUCAAAAUCACUGGAGAAAGCCUGGGUGAAAGAGGGAAAGCAAAGAAGGGAAAAACCAUGGAAAGUCUUUGCCUUUAAUGUGAGCUAAUGUCUUUCCUCCUGCGUCGUCGAACAUCCUCAAUUUCCUGUUUAACUUGAAGUCAACACAUCUGUCACGUUAGCAUCGCUCGCUGCCUGGUUUCCCCAAGCCACCCCCUCCCAUCUGCUCUCCUCCUCCCUCCCCUCCCCUCGCUCCGAGCCUGGGGGUGUGUGUGUGCCUGCGCUGGUGUUUUCUGCUGCCGAGGGACUUUUCCAGAGCUCCUGCAGCAGUACCUGGAUGUGCUGGCAGCGGGAUGAUCGGCUUGGCUUGCAGAGCAUUUCUUUCUAAUCUCCGGCUUGUGGCGUCCCAGCAGAAAGGGGCAAACCUCUCAGGAGCGGCUCUGCGGGCUAGACAGAGGGGAAAUGGCUGGUGAAUGGAUGUGGUGAGACAUUUCCUAGUUCUGACCCAGAUUGAAAAAUCCCAGUGGUUUCUUCUCCAUGUGCAGCUGCUGUUGAAAAAAUCAGACUCCUGGCAUUGAGGAGGACAUGAGGAGUCCAAUCACUUGCAAUUCAGCCCCAGAAUUGCUGGGCUUGGUGCAGUCUGAGCCUCCCAGGUGAGCCAAGGCAGGCUGUGGCCAGCAUGGAAGGAGCAGGGAGCCCAUCUCCAGUGGGGCCAGCACAUGCAUGACAAAUCCUGCUGUCACCACUGCCAGUCACUGGCCCUCUGGGAGCUGUGGUGAUGCCCUGAUGUUGGGACACCCUUGGGAAGAGGGGAAAAGCCUUUUGCAUUCUCAGAGCCAGAGGAUGGGAAUUAAGAGUCAUUUUAAUUAAUCUUGUACUUAUUAUUUAUCACUAAUUGGAUAUGCUUUUGGUGCUCUUUUUUUCUUCUUUUAGAUAAGGGUGUUUAGGGUUGGUUAUUAGUAUCUACUUUAUAGUUCCAGCAAGAGAGGAUCCUCUGUUCUUAGGAGGUAAGACAGUGCAAACCAUCAGAGAAUGCUGCUGUGCUGUGGCCAUGCCUGGGGGUGCUGGGCAGCACAGACACCUCCAGCCCAGGGUGCCCAGCAGCAGGGGAGGGACAAACCAGAGCCUUGCAGAGAUCAGGGGUUCUGAUAGGAAAUAUUCAUAGAUCAUUUCUGACCAGAAAGCAUUUGGCGCUGUGACAUGAUUUUGGAAAGUCAGGCGUGACUAAAGCAGGUCACUUUGGGGUGUCUCCUUAAGGCUUUAUUUCCAAACUAUCCUCCUAAAUCAUAUUGGCUACCAACAGAGUCUGUGCUGAAUGCUGCGCAGCCACGACAGAUGAUGUCCUUUCAACUCCUCUAAUCCCUCUGACACACACGGGACAGGCACUAAGGGAAUGAGGAAAGAUUAGGAAAAGCCUAAUUUUACCCCCUCACACAGCCUGCAAAUUCUGCAAAGCCUCGUCUGUAGCCACAGCUUACACCCUGCCUGCUUGAAAACCAGAAAGACACGGGAGAGAGCUCAAGUCCUGCUGACUCACAAUUACAGGGUGCUGAGCACAGCAAUUUCCCAGCCAUCAGCAGGAAAGGAAGGAAGAUUUACACCUGGGGAGCGUCAGGGAAUUUGGAAGGGAGGAAUGAAAAAUAAGGUGUUUCAAAUCCAUGCUGUUUGAAAGCUGUCACAGCUAGAGCAGAAGGCUGAAACAGGGCUCACAUUUGGCUUUCUCCGGAGCAAAUGUGUAGAGGAGGCAAGUUCUCAGGAUGGAGAGAGGCUUGGUGAGGGUGAGAGCCCUCAUCCCCCCUCGCCCUCUCUGUGCCAGGCAGCUGCUGCUGGUCCCUGCUGUUCCAGGCCAUGCAGCUGAUUAAAUAUUGAAAGGGUUUCGUUGCUGCUGCUUGAAAAGCUUCUGUCUGGAUGAAAAUGAAGUUAUGUGAGGACAAGUUUGUGCUGGUGAAAUUAGUCUCUGUUUGAAUACAUCUGGCCGUACCAUACAAACAGACCCAAAAUAGUUUCAUGGGUUUCAAUGAAAAGGCUCCAUCAGGACGUGGGUUUGGGUUCCUCAUUUUCAGAGCCAAGGUGUGGGAGUGCUCAGGGAGGUGGGGAUUGCAGAUGGGGGUCAGGCUGAAUUGUCAGAGUCCGUGUGGCAUUCAGAGGCUGUUGCAGGUGCUCCAAGGCUGGUUGUGAUGGGAGCCAACACCUGAGGUCCGUGUGAGCACACAGCAGCCCCAGGCUCAGCUCCCACACACCCCCAAAACCCUGGGACAGACAGGGAUGGUGGAAGUGCAGGCAGAGAGAGGGAAGGGAUUUGUGAUGAGUUAUAGGAUAAAGGCAGAGGCAGGAGGAGAGCUGGGAUUAGAAGUGUGAGAGAUUGAGAGGGUUGAUCUGUGGGCUGUGACUGCAGGGAGUGUCACAGCAGCACAGCUUGGCCUGAGACAUUUUGUCACUUGAUGCUGUCAGAAAAUAUAUAUUUCAGCAGGAAAACUACCAUCAUUGUGUGAGUGUCCAAAAGAGGCAUGCAAAUCUAUCCUGUGAUCAAAGGAAAACUUGGGGAAAUGUCUCUGAUCUCAUUAGUGCUUACAGCAUCUGAGGCCAUGUGGCUCAGCAGAAAUGCACAGCAAGUAAGGAAGAAAAUGAAGUCUGAGCUGCACAGCUUUUCCCUCAAAUGGGAAGGAAUGCCCAGCCUGCCAACCCCCCGAGUUGGAAUUAAGCCCCCCAGGACGUGACCUUCAGCACCACAAUGAAUCAGGAAAAACCUGUCAAAUCCUCCUAGCUUCCCGGCUGUGCAAUUUGCUGUUCCCUCGCUGUUCCCCAGACAGCAGCUUUUCUCACCCAAAGCACAGGAGCCAGCAAGUCACAAAUGACAGCUGAAAAGUGAAGCAUUACCAAAAGCUGAGUGAGGCUCUGUCAAAGAGAACCUUUAUAUAUAAUUCUCCUUCCGAGCCUGGGAAGCUGUGCAUCCCAUCAGCUCCAAAGAACGGAGAGAAGAUAUGUUCGAGUAACCAACACCAGGAGCUGCACUGAUCCAUACCCAUUUUACAAUAUCUACAGUGACCUGCAGCAUUUAGAACUCUCUGUUCAGAAUGGAUGAUGGAUAUAGAAACACAAACCAGGUCUCAGAUGACUACAGGUACCAGGAUGGCAACUACAACGCACCCAAUGACGGCUACUACCGGGGCGGGGAUGAGCCCACGCAGGAAGAGGAUGCCCAGAGUGAUGUCACAGAAGGCCACGACGAGGAUGAUGAGGUCUAUGAGGGGGAGUACCAAGGGAUCCCGCACCCAGAUGACAUUAAAGAGAAGCAGAAGAAGCGAGCCCCUGCAGUGGAUGAUGAGUACAGAGACCGUGCUGACCUUAUGGCCGAGAGGAUGGAGGACGAGGAGCAGCUUGCCCACCAGUAUGAGAACAUCAUUGAGGAGUGUGGCCACGGACGCUUCCAGUGGACUCUCUUCUUUGUUUUAGGGUUGGCACUGAUGGCAGAUGGGGUGGAGGUGUUUGUGGUUGGAUUUGUUCUUCCCAGUGCUGAGAAGGAUAUGUGCUUGUCCAGUUCCAACAAAGGGAUGCUGGGCUUGAUAGUCUACUUAGGAAUGAUGGUGGGGGCUGUCUUGCUGGGUGGCCUCGCUGACAAACUGGGAAGAAAGCAAUGCCUCAUCAUAUCACUUGCAAUCAAUGCUGCCUUCGCGUUCCUCUCCUCCUUCGUCCAGGGAUACGGAUUCUUCCUCUUCUGCCGCCUUAUCUCAGGCCUCGGUAUUGGGGGCACCCUCCCCAUCGUGUUUGCCUAUUUCUCUGAAUUCCUGUCUCGUGAGAAGAGGGGGGAACACCUGAGCUGGCUUUGCAUGUUCUGGAUGAUUGGUGGCAUUUAUGCUUCAGCAAUGGCUUGGAGCAUCAUCCCACAUUACGGCUGGGGGUUCAGUAUGGGAACCAAGUACCACUUCCACAGCUGGAGAGUCUUUGUGCUCGUGUGUGCUCUGCCCUGUAUCGCCUCCCUGGUGGCGCUGAAAUUCAUGCCUGAAAGCCCACGUUUUUUGCUGGAGAUUGGUAAACAUGAUGAAGCUUGGAUGAUUCUCAAGCAAGUCCAUGACACCAACAUGCGGGCCAAGGGCGAGCCAGAGAGGGUGUUUACGGUUUCUUAUAUCAAAACUCCAAAGCAAGUUGAUGAAUUUAUUGAAAUCCAGAGCUCAACAGGGACCUGGUACCAGCGGUGGCUGGUCAGAAUCACAACUACUUUAAAACAGGUCUGGGACAACGUGCUAUAUUGUUUAACAGCCCAGUACAGGAUGAACACACUGAUGCUGGCUGUGGUUUGGUUUACAAUGGCCUUAAGUUACUAUGGCCUUAUUGUCUGGUUCCCUGACAUGAUCCGCUAUUUCCAAGACGAGGCAUAUGAAUCCCGAGUGAAGAUCUUUGAUGAGGAAGAAGUGUCCCAUUUCACCUUUAAUUUCACCCUGGAAAACCAGAUCCAUAGAAAUGGGGAAUACAGGAAUGACAAAUUUAUUGGCAUGAAAUUCAAGGAAGUGAGAUUUGAGGAUUCAUUAUUUGAGGAUUGCUACUUUGAAGAUGUGAGAUCCACUGAGACCUUCUUUGAAAACUGCACCAUCAUCUCUACUGUCUUUUAUAACACUGAUCUCUACGAACACAAAUUCAUCAACUGCAGGCUCAUCAACAGCACGUUCAUGAAGGAGAAGGAAGGCUGCCACAUCGACUUUGAGGAGGACAAUGAUUUUCUGAUCUACCUGGUCAGCUUCCUGGGCAGCCUGUCUGUGCUGCCAGGCAACAUCAUCUCUGCUCUGCUCAUGGACAAAAUCGGGAGGAUAAAGAUGAUUGGCGGCUCGAUGCUGAUCUCAGCCGUGUGCUGCUUCUUCCUGUUCUUCGGGAACAGCGAGUCGGCGAUGAUCGGCUGGCAGUGCCUCUUCUGCGGGGCCAGCAUCGCCGCCUGGAACGCCCUGGAUGUCAUCACCGUGGAGCUCUACCCCACGGACAAAAGGGCAACAGCCUUUGGCAUCCUCAAUGGUCUUUGCAAGUUUGGUGCCAUCCUGGGGAACUCUAUCUUCUCCUCCUUCGUUGGGAUAACUAAGGUGGUUCCCAUCCUUCUGGCCUCCUCCGCUCUGGUUGGAGGUGGCCUGCUCGCUCUGCGCCUGCCAGAGACUCGAGAACAGGUCCUGAUGUGAGCAACAGAGGCCCUGGGGGCUUGUGGGGGGGCAGAUGUAGAAGAAGAACAAAAAAGAGCCAUGUGUGGAAAACCCAAAACGUUCAUUCUAUACUGUUCUGUCGAUACCUCAAAGCGAGACGGCAGAGGGACAGAGGAACUCGCAGGAAUUUAAACAAAACCAUCGUUCCUGACCUUGUUACAGCCACGACUGGUGCAUGCAGCCCCCACACACCCCUUGCAGAGCUUGGGUUCCACCCUGCCUAUGCUGGGAGCCCCCCCCGUCCCUGUCCAUCCCCCUGCAAGGACACCAGACGCAGACAGCGGCUCCGUGCGUGCGUGGGUGUGACAUGGGAGGACAGACCCGACCCUCCUGCCUCUGCCCAGCUGGGAGACCCUGCCCUGCCUGGCCAUCCACCUCAGCUGUGCUCAGACACGCAGAGCAUCCAGGGAGGGCAGGUAACCAGCCUGCUCUAGGUGAGCUCCAGCAAUAGGGCUAACAGUUGCAGAUGUGGCCACGGGCCCCAGCUGACUUGAUUUUGGGAUUACCACUCCACCCACCUGCAAGAGUGAGAAUCCUGAUUUCUCAAGGAUGUGAGGGUGGGUGCUCAGCUGUCUCAGAAGACUCAGAGCUUCAAAGCCCUUUACUGUCUUCACCUGGGCACAGGAAAUCACUAGACACCUUCUUGCUGUGGAAGAGAAAUAUCUAAAUAAUUAUAUAUAUAUAUAUGUAUUUACACCUACUUGCAAACAUGCAUACACCCAUUGAAGUGAUCAGCUAUUAAAAAUUAGGAUUUCUAAUUUCUGCACCCUUUAGAGGAUUUUAAGAGUGGCACCAAAAGCAAAUCCCAGUAAUUCAAGUUUAUCAGACCAAGUUUAUCAUGACUUAUCAAGUUUAUCAACUUAGUGACACUUUGUCCUUUACAUCCAGAUACCAAAUAUUUAAAUGUAUUAGUGGCUGGGAAUAUAUAUUUCUACAAUGAUUAAGAGAGUUUUUUUCCUUACAGCUUUCACAGAGGAGAAAUUGAUAUGAUAUUGGAGCAUUCCACAAACCAAAUGUGUACAUAUUAUCCAGUGUAAAUAGGGGAUUUUUGCCUAAUACCUAGAGAAUGGUAACUGUGAAUUUACCAGCAUUUUAGCCAUAUUAUUUGAAGAAUAUGAUGCUUGAUUUUCUAAUAUACUUGGGUCUCAUUGAAACACUGUAAGCACAGUUACUUAAAGCCAUUUAACUUGUUACACAGGGAAUGCACACAGCAAGCUUUCACUGUACAGGACAUUAAAUUCCCCAUUAAGUGGCACAGUUUAGCUUGAUAUCCUGUGGAGAACAUUUCUGAAAUUCGUGUGCCCUUUUUAUCAUACAAGUUUAGUCCUGUUGCACCCAGAGGCAAAGUGAGUUGUGUAUUUUGGGGUGUGUUUUUUUGGGAAGCCAGAACGAAAAGCACCCUGUUCAAUAACACAUCAGUGCUCACAAUGAAUGAGAUAACACUAAUUGUACCCUUUCAACAAGCUCAGCAACAGACCAGAAUUGAUCUGAAACCACCACAUAGUGCAGCUAAUUUGUCAAACCAGAAUAUUUUCUGACAUGAAAAGUUCUUUUGUACUUUUGCUGGUGAUCUUCUCAUUUACCUUUUGUUGGAUCUUCUUUGCUGGUUUUUGUU